AUGUUCGGAACCUCUAAUCAGCAAGCCCGGAGGUCUUCCAGAGGUGGUACGACGGUGCUGCCCCUAUGUUGCGCCCCUACCGCACCCUCGAUCAACACCUUCAUGCCACGACCAGGACCCUACGGUACACCAUGGUUUUCAUCUGAAGAGACCCUAUGGUCACUGGGGCUAAUCGAGCAUGGCAGGUUCAACAAGCCUGAUACAGUCCUCUUGGCCUUCAUCGUGGACUGCGCCAUGAAGCUAUACAUAUGCGCCAGCCUCACCCUGCAUUGUCUAGAAAGCUCGACGGAUUCGGACCUGGUACACGCUAUCAUUGAGGCAGCCUACAUCAAUGUACUCGGACAGAUACAGCGCGCUGACUUGAUGAGCCGCCAAGCGCUCGCUUUCGGGAGAUUUUACCUGAAGGCCAUGGCAGACUUUGGAAAAAUUCGGGAACGCUGCAACAUCACCUUUGGACAAUAUAUCCAACAUCAACAGACUCGGAACGAUUUCGCAGCGAGAUUCCUCAUUUACGAUAGUUAUGGGGAUGACGAUCUUGGAAUAAUUGAAAAUGCUUUCAAGUGGGUAUAUGGGCAGUCGCCCUCCACAGUCGUCAACGACAUGGAAGAGAACGUUACAGAAGACUCGUUCGGUCGCGAUCCUAUCUCGAUACGACAGUGGGUCUUCGAUUUCAACUGA